AUGGCAGAUCUUCCUACAACAACGCCGAACAACAAUAAUAACGUUAAAAGCACCAACAUUGGCAAAGAACAAGAGCCACACGAGAAAUCAUGGAAGUACUGGAGAUCGAAGUCUCUGGUUCACAAUGGGACUGCAAAACCCAUCGAGGAUGGUGGCUUUGGUGUGCACGUUACCUUUUGUGAUAUCCUUAGGAGCGUGGCUGAUUUUACAACCGUCGCAGCUGUGUUAGACGCCAUUCGUGCAAUAUAUGACGUCAUAUACGAGGUGCUAACUGGUGGCCCAGAAUCAUCACCCACAUUAGAUGAUGAAAAGUCGGUUUCGUUCGACGUGGUAUACUACAGUCUGGACACCGGCAAAAUUCGAUCUGUGGUCGAGUUGGAGAAACUGAGAAACACAGACAGCAAACGACACUCCAGGGCCCUUCUAUCCUUCAAGAGGAAUUCAAGACUCUCUUUUCAGUCUCUCUCCAGUGAGGCGGUUAGUGUAUUUAGUGAAGACAUUAUCAUAAACGGAUUGCCAAUGGUUACCAGAUUUGUGUCGGGUCACGCGCUGUGUCUGUUGAAGGCCAUAGCACUUGCCGACGUCCUAAGAGAACAUGACAGUAUUUUGGAACUCCACAUCGGGAAAACGAACAUUCGUGGCAUUGGCAUGUCCCAUAUAAGCGCCGCCCUUGUGGAGAGUUACUCCGUGCGGGUUUUAGAUCUGCGAUUAAACAAUAUCGGGAACGAAGGCGCUGCACAUCUCUUCAAAGCGUUAACGUCUAACAAAAAGUUACGUCAAUUAAACCUGUCCUCUACGGGAAUCGACGCUGACGGCGUCAACUGUUUGGCGUACGCGUUACGUACAAAUGUCGGUCUGGAGGAUCUGGAUUUGAGCUUCCUUGACAUUGGCGACAGUGGAUAUCUUCCUAAAACGACGCCGAACAAUAAUAAUAACGCCAAAAGCACCAACAUUGGCAAAGAACAAGAGCCACACGAGAAAUCAUGGAAGUUCUGGAGAUCGCUGUCAACGCGGCGCUCCCGGAAGUCUCUGCUUCAGAAUGGGACGGCGAAACCCAUCGAGGAUGGUGGCUUUGGUGUGCACGUUACCGUUAAUUUACCGGACGUCGUGGACAACACUGACGUUUCUCCGAGCAAACUGGUUGACCCUCCACUGAAACCGCCCAGAAGUUCCGUCGAACUUCUUGGACAAAAGGUGGAUCCGUUCAUGAUACUCGACAAACUAGCAGAAACUCAGUUACUCGAUCCAAAGGCGCUGAAUAUCUACAAAAAUCCUGUGGACAGCCGGUACAUUAUUGAAAGCGUCGUGCAAACCGUGAUGGACUCGGAGUACCCGACGUUUUUACAGUUUUGUGAUAUCCUUAGGAGCGUUGCUGAUUUCACAACCGUCGCAGCUGUUCUGGACACCGGCAAAAUUCGAUCUGUGGUCGAGUUGGAAAAACUGAGAAACACAGAAAGCAAACGACACUCUAGGGACCUUCUAUCGUUCAAGAGGAAUUCACGACUCUCUUUCCAGUCUCUCUCCAGUGAGGCGUCUAGUGUAUUUAGUGAAGACAUUAUCAUAAACGGGUUGCCAAUGGUUACCAUAUCUGUGUCGGGUCACGCGCUAUGUCUCUCGAAGGCCAUUGCCGACGUCCUAAGAGCACAUGACAGUAUUUUGGAACUCCACAUCGGGAAAACGCACAUUCGUGGCACGGACAUGUCGCAUAUAAGCGCCGCCCUUGUGGAAAAUUACUCCGUGCGGGUUUUAGAUCUGCGUUUAAACAAUAUCGGGAACGAAGGCGCUGCACAUCUUGUCAAAGCGUUAACGUCAAACAAGACGUUACGUCAAUUGAACCUGUCCUCUACGGGAAUCGACGCUGAUGGCGUCAACUGUUUGGCGGACGCUUUACGUACAAAUGUAGGUCUGGAGGAUCUAGAUUAAAGUUUCAUUGACAUUGGCGGCAGUGGGUGUGUGGCUUUAAGGGAUAUGUUGAAACAAAAUCGCUGUUUAAAGAAACUACGUCUGCGAAGUUCCAAUAUCGCUUGGAUGGGAUGUGGUCUUCUUUUGGAAGGUAUCGAAAUUAGGAAAGUGAUUUCAGAACUGGAUCUUAGUCGAAACUUCAUUGGGGAUGCCGGGGCCGACAUGUUACUUACUAACUUGAAGGACGAUUCUUCCUUGAGGGACCUUAACCUAGAGAAUUGUGGUAUAACUGUCACCAGAUGUUCGAUUUUGUCUGACGUCAUCUUAACGAACAAAUCGUUACGUCACUUAGAUCUAAGUGUGAAUUUCAUUUGGGACCAAGGAAUUGCGAAACUUUCCAAUGCUCUGGUCAGAAACAAACAUAUCAAAACUCUCGGUUUAAAUAUGUGCGGCAUAUCGAACGACGGCUUCUCCAAGUUGUUGAAUAUUUUAGAAAGCAACACAACUCUAUCACUGUUGAAGCUCUGCUAUAAUCGCCUUGGAAAGGAACACGUCGACCCGGAAGCGACGUCAGACAACUUGAAA